AGCGCGCGUUCGGCGGACGCGCGUCGUUUCCAUAUUCAAAAAUUCAAAAUUCCUUUGUUUAUUGUUUGUAAAGCGUCUUGAUAUUCUGUAGCUAUUGUAUUGAAUUGAAUUCUGUUUAAAGUGCAUUUUUAUACAAUUAAUACUAUUUUUUAAUUGGUUUGUUAAGUUAUGGAUGAUUUGGAACUGCGCAGAGGUUAGACAAGAUGGCCGUUUCCGGUGACGUCACAUUGGCACAAGAUGGCGCCCGAUUACAUCCUUAUAUCGUCGCGUUAGUACGUUGGUGUGUCUCUUCGUUCUGGAGCACGGCUUCAGUCCUCAUCCAUCGCCUACUCACUGCGCCAUUGCCGCCUAUCACAGCAAAACCCGCAAAGACGCGCCCAGCAAGUUCAGAUCAUUUGCACCCGGUACCUUUGGUGGACUGCGUUGUCCUGCACAAUCCACCGAGCCACACGAUUGACGUCAUCUUCGUUCAUGGAUUAUAUGGUUCUUUGGGUAACACAUGGAGACAAGGUGAAUGGAAAGCGAACUACAAAAUGAAUCCCAAUAUUGUACCUUUACGAACACAUUCCAAUGCGAUUCCAGAAAUGACAGAACAAAGUAUACAGAUUAGACAAAAUGACGACGAAGAUUGUAAAGACAAUAGCUUUAAUAAAAAAAUGGACGAUUUUAGAGAGAAAAUGAAUGAAUUAGACUAUAAUACAGAUAGAAUUAAUAAUCAAUUUAUUAAUUUUAGACAAUUUAACGAUAAAAAUGAUUAUGAAAACAGAACUGAUUUUAAUGAUACAGUAUUUAGGAUAAAUGACAGUGAUGAAGAUCGAAGCCAAUUGAACGACGAUUUAAAGAAUAUAUUCAAAGAUAACGUGGGGAAUGUGAACGAAUUCUACGAAGACAUGAAAAAAAUACUUCCGAACGAAAAUAUGUUUAUCACCGAGAAAUUCUAUAACAACACAUUGUUGGAUCAAGUUGAGAUCGUUGGAAAUUACGAAUCUCAGGCGAAUUUUGUGCGUGACCUAUUCAAAAGCAGUUGCGAGAGCAAAAGUGAUAAUUGUGAGUGUCGUGGUGUGUGUGAGGUGGGUUGUGGGUGUGUGUGUGACAUGUGCUAUUCGCCAUGUUGGCCCAAAGACUGGAUCAAAGAAGAUUUCCCUGGUGCACGAGUUAUUUCAAUUAAUUACACCAGUGAUCCGUAUUUAUGGAGGCCGCUGUGGGUUAAAGAAAUCAAAAGGUUAAUGCUUCACGAGAGAGCAGAACAAAUGACGUCACAGCUGUUAGACCUGGGAGUUGGACAGAAACCAAUAAUAUGGGUUGGGCAUUCGAAGGGAGGUCUAUUCAUCAAGCAGAUUUAUUGUGAUGCAUACGACGCGCAUUUACAAGUAACGAAAGAGUCAGUGGGGCAAAAUGAAAUUAAUGAUGGAACAAACGAAUUUAAUGAUAGAUUUAAUGAUAAACAUAGUAAUGAUAUAAGUGAUGACGCAUUAUGUAAUACGAAUGGGAUUGAAGAUGAAACUAUACAAAAUAGUGGAAAUCCAUCAAAACGGGCCCGUCUUUGGCGGAACAGCGCUGGUUUCAUGUUCUACUCUGUGCCUCAUAGGGGUUCACCUCUCGCUGACAUAAAGACUCCGAUAACUGCAAGGAGUAUAGAAUUGUUGGAGAUAUGUAAAAAUUGUCCACUUCUCCUCUCGCUGCAGGAGAGAUGGCUGGCAGCCACUUCACCUCUCAGCCCAGCUGUCCACAGCGUAGUAGAAACUUGCAGAACUCUCAUGUCAGUUCUCUGGUUGAGGAUUGUCAGCGUAGAUUCCGCUGAUCCCGGAAGGGGCGUAUUACAUGGUGUAUCGGUCGAUCACCGAGAAAUUUGCAAGCCAACAAGCCGACAUUGCACGUUAUACACAGAGCUUAUAAGUUUAAUGCGAACUGCUCUUAACAAAUUUUGAUCUUCUUUUCAUUAUCAUCUCGAGGGUCCAAAUUUUCUUAAAUUUCAAUCAGAUAUACAUUAACAAUAAUCGCAACUCAAAAAUGCAUCAAGGUAUGCAGAUAAGCCGCAAAAUGACCAAUGUCCUAUGGUUAGAGAAACUUGAUGCAAAUCAAGCAUCAUAGCUCAUAGUAACUGGAAGGCCGGCUGGUGUAGACUUCAGCAAUGAAGAACACGACUGAGAGGAUGACACUGAAGUUGGUGGAAAUAAUUCGAAAGAUAAUAGAAGAAAUCAAAUGCCUUCAGUUGAAGAUUUUUUUCAUGAGACAAUAAAUUCUACAUAUUUAUUCAUCCCCACUUAUACUACAAAAUACUUGCUGCAAUUAUUAAUACUAAAUAUAGAAACGUGUUGGAAUGACUUCUUAAUAAAUAAUUUAAUUGUUAUAAAUAGAAAAAUUGAAGACAUUUCAACAUUAGUCAACUCUUUCUCUCAUAUUCUUACAUCAGCAGUGAUGCCAACUGAGAAUGUUCCUCGGACGUUAAAUAUCCCUAAAUAAUUAAAAUCCUAAAUAAAAUUUAUACGAAUUUAAAUGUGUUUUUGGUUUUAUUACUCGAUUAAGUCCCCCCUUAAACAAAUGUACCUCCCAAAUAAAACUCUCUGGACAAAAACCUAGUUGGCAUCACUGGUUUGUAAGCCAUUUAAUAAUUUAGCUAAUAAUUAUUUUUAAAGUAGUUUUUACUGUUAAUACAUUAAUGUGAUUGACCCGUGACUUCUUUUGCCAAAAUACUUAAGGCAUCAAAUGCUGGUAAAUACGUAAAUAGCUGUUUACUUUUAAGUAUAUAUUAAUAACUUAAAUAUGUAUAGUUAUGUAAUUUAAAUAUUGUUUUUACAGGUGAGUUUCUCCUUCCAUGAUACUGAGCAUUCGUUAAAGAAAAUUGUUUCCCAAUAUUUUGUGCCAUGCGAUCUUAGCUUUUCUAAAAUUCCCCAUUGACUUUUAUAGGUUUUAAUAUAAAAAAAUAAAUGAUACGUUUAAGGAGAAUCUAUGAAAUUGUUAACGAAACGGUUAAUUUUCAAAGCAACAAAAAGGUGAAAUUCAAAUACUCCCUCCUUAACAAUGCAAUUACCCCUAGCCCCUCUGUGGGGCAUGAGCCUUACGUUGGGAGACACUGCUGUAGAUAGUAUAUAAAAAAAGUCGUAUUUUCGUCUAUUUAGUAUUGGAAAAGACUUUAUUGGAUUACUGACACGGGUUGUGAACACGUUUAAAAAUAUUUAAUAUUUUAAUGUUAUAUGUAUGUGCAAUUUAAUUAUCAUAUUUAAUAUAUAUAAAAUGAUAAACAUAGUAACGAAAAAAAAUCAGAGA